GGCGGUGGGGGACGGAGUUACACCUGAACCUGGGCGAAAUUAAGAUUUAGAGGCGAAGAGUCCGGUCAGGAAGCUGCACUCUCUUCCUGCUCGGCUAUGGUGAGUGAACACGGAGUCUGUAUGUGAACAUUUCUCCCUCCGCCUCGGCCUCUCCCCACCCUCUCUUCUCGCUCUCUGGUAGGCCCUGCCUGCUCUCUCAGCGGCAGCUGCUUGAUUAAGAAGAAAAGCUUGCUCGCACCUACAGCAUACAUGGCCACGGCUGCUGGUUCCAGUGCGCUUCUGGGUACAGGUUGUACAGUCGUGCGCUCAUCUUUCAAGCAUGGCUUUCUAUCCAGAAAUUCGGCCCUAGGAUUUAAGAUUCCCUUGGGAGACCGGUUUCCUUCAUUGCGCCUGGCCCGACGCAGGUCAACUCAGAGCAUCCUGCAAACAUCAAUGGCGAAAGAAUGCGUGAAGACCGAUAAAGCGCCAGCUGCUUUGGGACCUUACUCCCAAGCGAUCAAGGCGAACAAUGUUUUGUAUUGUUCCGGAAUCCUAGGACUUGAUCCGAAGACAGGACAGUUCGUCUCGGAAUCUGUUGAAGGCCAGACUGAACAGAUCAUGGCAAAUAUGGGUGAAAUCCUGAAGGCUGGAGGUGCCAGUUAUGAAUCAGUCGUCAAGACUACAAUCAUGUUGGCAGAUCUUGCUGAUUUCAAGACUGUGAACGAGAUUUACGCCAAGUAUUUCCCCGCACCUGCCCCGGCUCGGUCUACAUAUCAAGUUGCGGCUUUGCCCUUGAAUGCCCGAAUCGAAAUUGAGUGCAUUGCCACCAUCCAGCCUCAGUCUGCCAUGUGAAUGAACAGAAGGUUCAGCUUUCCCACUCGUGGAAGGACCACGGAUUGAAGUUCAUGAGUUGCAAGUUUUCGUGCACAAGUGUAGACAUAAACCUAGACUUUGAAAGACAGGUCUGAUGCAACGCAUGUGUCCUCAGAAGAGCCCCAUUUUAAGAAUGGCUCUCACGGCUAAAAUGGCAUUCGCUAUCCAAAGAUAUGUCCUGCUUUUUAGAUACGUAGGCAGAUUUGUUUGGAUGCAGGAUGUCUGGAAUCAAUGAUAGGAGGAGAACGCAUCUACAGCUUCUCAAAUCUUUCCCCGAAACUUUCACAGAAACGGAGAGGACGACCACCAUAACUGUGAUUUUCUUACGGCUCUGGUAGAUUGUCAAGACGUCUUAAUUUGAGAGUAGGAUUUUGACAUUUUAUCUCUAAAGGUUCACAGUAAGAGUCAAAUGUCUUAACCGCAAAGGACCGACCCCAUUGGGUCUUCAGUAUGCUCUGAGUCUUCUUUUGUCCCUGGAGAUGCAAUAGAUUUUGAUUACGACGAUUCCUGCUGUCAAUCUACAAGUUCCACUUUCCACUUGUUGUCUAGGGAAAAGGCAAAGUUUCACAUUCCAUGUUUGUCAUCGGAGUCGUGUGAUGUGACUUUGCAGUUGUAUGUGGAGGCGUCAUGGUGCCGACGUAAUUGAAUUCUUGACCCUGUUUUUAAAACCCUUUCCGCCGGACAAUCACUUCGAGCUUGAUGUCAGAGGCU